AUUAUGACAAGUUUUCUCUUCACCCAACACUCUUCCUUUGGCAUAGUAGAUGGGUGCAACAUCGAAAAGGUGGCGGCGAACAAAUGGACAUUGCAGCUUUGGAUGUCUGGUGCGGAUGAGUCGCCGCUGCGGGAGGAGUCCGAUCCAUGGCUCGGCUCACCAGACCCUGCUUGUGUGGACUCCCUUGUAGCAUGCUCGUCGAUCACACCCGACGUCCGCGCGACCAUCUCGGUGUGGUCGCGUGGUGCGCCAUGGCUUAAUCCACUGACCGAAGAAGCAUCUUCAGUUCCAGUGGACUCAUCCGCGAGCCUCGGCUCAAGGAAAGCCCGGCGAAAUGUAUGGGUAUGUGCCGUGAUUGUCUUACUGGGGAUGCUCGGAGCAGCCAUUUUGCUUGCAUAUGUGGCGUUUGUUCCUUCCCAGAAACAUUUUUCGCCACCGCCGUCGCCGACAAGGACGAUUGCACCUGAACCGGCCAUUCCACCGUCUCCAACGACAAACCUCGCGCCAGGAACCACCACCGCUGUCCCUGCUUAUCUGCUAUACGAACCUGGCGCUUUGGUUUUGGUGAACGAAUGUACGACCGAGUCCACGGUCUACUUCACACGAACGAUGCCCAAUGCCGUCGCCGAAGUGGGUCAGCGCGAGAUGAAUUCAACGCAGUACGUCAUGGUCGUCCCCGGAAAGCACUGGGACGACUUCAUUGCCGCAGACUUUCGUUUGGGUGAAUCCAUUUUCGCCACAAAUUUCGCUGUCAACCGAGACUACGGCCAAGUGUUUUACUCGAUUUCGACUCGCAACGGGUUCAACGUCCCCGUGGAAGUCGCGCCCAUGCGCGAAGGUGCCACUCGUGACGGCUGCCCGGUCCUUCGCUGCGACGCUCAUGAUUGCGAGGGGCGCGUGCACGUGCAGUUCGACUGCAACUGGAUCGAACGUCUCCAAGUCACGUUCUGCCCCAGCUCUUCUUUAUUUAUAUCGUAAAUAUAAAUGAUUCUUAUU